AUGCCACGGCCAUUCAACUCCUCGUUCCAGCUGCUGGAGAUCAACCUGAUCUCGGCCCAGGAACUGACGCCGGCAUCGAAGGCAAUGCGGACGUUCGCCGUCGCGUGGGUCAAUCCGCAGAGGAAGCUGACGACACGUGUCGACCAGAACGGCCACACCAAUCCGACGUGGAACGAGAAGUUCGUCUUCCGAGUCGACGACGACUUCCUCCGUGACGACACCUCGAAGAUCAUGAUCGAGAUCUACGCCUCCGCGUGGCUCCGCGACGUCCUGAUCGGAACCGCCGCGGUGGUGGUGAACAAUUUGCAGAACAAGUCGAAAAUGCGGUUCAUGGCGAUCCAGCUCCGCCGCCCCUCCGGCCGCCCGCAGGGGAUUCUGAACAUCGGGCUCGGCCUCCUCGAUAGCACAAUGCGGAGCAUGCCGCUCUACAGCGAGCUCAGCUCCUCCGCUGUCGGGUACUGGGAUCUGAUGGAGGGGAAGACCGGCAACCACCAGAAGAGCAACGGCCCCAAUUCGAAGGACCAAGACAAAUUCAUCAUCUUCCAACGAUCUCAGAGCGAUCGGACGGGUAGCGAUUACGGAUUCUCGAAAUCCAGGCCUGCAUCCUCCAUCUGCGACGGCGUCACAAAAAGCAGGCCCCCGAGCUCUAUCUGCAACGCCGCCGCAUACAAGCCCAAACAUCAAGCGUCCUUCUGCAAUAGCUCGAUUGUGAACGGAUCUGAGGUCAGCACCGUGCCAAAGAAGGGGAAUGUGAACGGGUCCCUCUGUUCCGACGUCGGGCCCUCGCCAUCUGUGGUUGCGGCUGCGAUCGCCAAGGGAAUCUACCCGCUGCCGUACACCGGGGCCCGCGCACCGCCGGCCAAUGAUGCCGGGAGCUCGUUGCUUGACGAAUGGACGGACCAAGACAGCGUGGAAGGGUUAAAGACCAAGAUCGAACGGUGGCGGACGGAGCUGCCGCCGGUGUACGACUGCGCCAAGAACGCUGCCAAGAGCUCCCAAAAUCAGAAGCUACUCCAAUCAUCGCACCGCCGUCCCAGCAGUCAGAAGACACGGCGGAGACGCGGCAGUGGCCGGGGGUUAUUCUCCUGCUUCGCAUUGGGCUGCGAGAUCUCGAUCUCUUGCGGCGGCAAGCCGAAGAAGAAGAAGAGCGGGAAGGUCCACCUCGACGACGACUCGUACUUACAGUAG